UACCGCAUUGCACAUUAAUAAUAAAGCAGAAGUUGACAAAAGAGCAUAUAUAAAACCACGAACAACUUUUCUUUCUCAAUAUGUUACCAGUAUCAAUGAUCAUGAUAAUAAUUCACAACAUAAUGAUUCUAAUAAUUUGCAAUACAAGGAUAAUAUUAAUUCGCAAUACAAAG